UAGGCAACAUAAAGGGUGCUACGUUAUUCUAAAACAAAUAGUUUAUUUUUUUUAGAAUUAAUUUUUGAAAUGUAUAGUGCAUAUAAGAAACUCACAACUCGGAAACCUAACGAUGAAGUGACAGAAGGUGCCUUAGAAAUAUGGCGUACAUUACCGGAACGUAUACGUCAGGACUCGAGUUUAGCGUUAUUUCGUCAAGAACACGAACGUCUUCAUGGCGGUUAUGAACUAGCAGAUGUGGAUCCAAUACCAACGGAAGAUAUCGAUAUAGUUAAAGAAAAUAGAAAGAACUCAAAUGUCUUUUCACAAAUUUAUAGAGAUGUGGAAAACACAGUCGAAGAUCAACCUGAUGAUGGUGACGCAAACGCAAGCAAGUCUAAAGAUUACUUGCAAUGGCUAAAAAUAUCAAUUUUAAUGGUGGUCUGGUGCCUAUUCACUGUAUUCCUAAUGUCAACCCAUGAUCAUGUUGACGAACUAAAACUUAUAAAUGUACCCAAAAACGGAUCUGAAAAAGUUUUUCCUAUAUCACCAUCAUCUUUAAAUCGCCUGAAUAUACAGUUGAAAGGACCAUUCGAUUUGGAUGUUGAUACUGUCAAUAAUCAGUCAAACUCUCCUCAACUACGAGUACAUAUUAAACGUAGUUACUUUAAUGCUAGUGGGCAUGAGAUGUAUCGUGAAAAUGUCUCCAGUCUUUGGAACGUGGUUAUAGUGCAUCCCAAUGAAUUUCAUACAACAAAAGAGACAAAGAAAGAUUUUACAUAUGAAAUCUCUCCAAUAAAUGCAGAGUGGGCACAACGAAGCAAUUCUUCGGAACUAAAUUUACACUUUAUAACAACCAUAGACGCCGAUUUGCCUUUAGAAAUGUCUCUGGAUAAAUCACCGAUAUAUAAAAAAGAAGGUAUUAUCUAUGCCACUUUGGUAUUGUGUGGACUGUAUGUUUUGAUAGUUUGGGAAAUUGUCAAUCGUACAUUUGCUGCAAUAAUUGCUUCGACAAUGUCUGUGGGUAUUUUGGCUGCACUUAAUGCGAAACCAUCCACAGUUACAAUUAUGACUUGGAUAGAUGUGGAACCAUUAUUGUUGCUAUUCGGAAUGAUGAUUUUAGUAGCGAUAUUAUCGGAAACCGGUAUAUUUGAUUAUAUGGCUGUUUAUGCUUAUAAGAUAACGAAUGGUCACCUUUGGCCACUUAUAAAGUGCUUAUGUUUCUUCACUGCUGUAGUGUCAUCUAUAUUGGAUAAUGUCACAACUGUAUUACUUAUGACGCCAGUAACUAUACGCUUAUGUGAAGUGAUGUCACUGAAUCCGGUACCGAUAUUAAUGUGCAUGGUUAUCUAUUCAAAUAUCGGUGGUGCUGCAACUCCUGUUGGUGAUCCUCCAAAUGUUAUAAUUGCUUCGAAUAAUUUCGUGAGCAAGAAUGGAGUCAAUUUUGCCGUCUUCACAUUGCACAUGGCCCCCGCCAUUAUAUUGAUUAUGUUGCAGAGUUAUUUGCAAUUACGUUUCAAAUAUCGUCAUAUCAGCGAUCUACAGUUUAAGGACUCACCCGAAGUAGAAGAACUACGACGUGAGAUACAUGUAUGGAAACGUGCUGCUGCUAGCUUAUCUGCCUACUCGAAGGAUGAGGACUUGGUGCGCGAGACAUUAUUGAAGAAAGUCAAUCGUCUAAAGCGCAGUUUGAAGAAGCGUAUGGCUGCUCCUAUUGAACAGACCUUAAAUUAUGAGCAAACUUUGCAAGACCUUCAAGCAAAAUAUGUGAUACGUAAUAAGCCAUUGCUAAUAAAAUGCUCCGCAGCUUUAGUUUUCGUCAUAACAUUAUUCUUUUUGCAUUCCGUGCCAGAAUUACAACCUCUUUCGAUGGGCUGGACAGCACUCUUAGGUGCCAUAUUCUUGAUUAUAUUGGCUGAUAUUGAAGAUAUGGAAGCUAUAUUGGCACGUGUUGAAUGGUCAACAUUAUUGUUCUUUGCUGCAUUAUUUGUUCUCAUGGAAGCACUGACGGAAUUGGGUUUGAUUGAAUGCAUUGGCAGUAUGACAGAAGAUGUGAUAUUGAGCGUUAGUGAGGGAUUUCGUUUAAUGGUUGCCAUUUUAAUUAUAUUAUGGGUUUCAGCAAUGGCUUCAGCUUUUGUAGACAAUAUACCUUUAACCACAAUGAUGAUAAAAAUUAUUAUAUCUUUAUCCCAGAAUAGCGAAUUGGAUUUACCUUUACAACCACUGGUAUGGGCUUUAACACUUGGCGCUGGGUGUGGCAGUAAUGGUACUCUAAUUGCUGCCUGUGCAAAUGUGGUGUGUGCAGGUGUUGCUGAACAACAUGGCUAUAAAUUCACUUUCCGGGAGUUUUUCAAAGUUGGUUUUCCUGUAAUGAUUGGAAGCAUAGUUGUAUCAACAGCAUAUCUGAUAGUUUGCCAUGUCUUUUUCACGUGGCAUUGAUGAAAACCUGAAGAAUUGAUGCUCUAUUUCAGGAUGUUCAAUCAAUUAUUCACAACCUACCAACUUACAAACAUCCAGAGAUGCACG